GGACACCCACAAACAACCGCGGACAAGAAAAGGCUGCCCCCAAAAUCUCGUUAUUCUGUCAACUGCAACUUCGACCUGCCCAACUACAGCUGCGCUUUGCAUGCGAAUCGCUUCAUCCUGCAUCAUGCCGCCCGUUGCCUCCGACAAUGACCUCCCCAAGUUGCUCAACGCCAACGGAACAAGUCAAGCGUAUUAAGAAGCUGGUGUUAGAGCAUCUUGGAAGCGCCUCCCAGCGCGUCGACAGGCCGCCCCUGCAGGGGAUGUUCAGCCGGACCUUCUUCGUUACGCUGGCUGAUGGACGCGAAGUGGUCAUCCAAUUCCGAACCGAGGAACUGAAUCUCGACGCCUUCAAGGUAGCCAAAGGCGCCCUGGGCCAAGUCGUCCCCGAUGCUGUGGCUCUCAAAGACGGAGAGCUGGAGAAUGAGGGCGUCUGGGCUUACUCCCUCGAGCGUCUGCGGGAAAGAUGUGGGUCCACGGCGUCGCCGGCAAGGGCGCUGAAGGCCGCGUAGCCGUCAAUAGGUCGCUCGGGCGUGUGCUCUCCAAGGGCUGCAUUGCCGACAGCAGCGGCGAGGCUAUGUCAACAAAAGUCCGGCCGCAUCUUGAGGCCAUACUGGCCAGCCCACUGGACGAGGUCGCGACAUAUCGACCCUUGCUACAAGAGUUCUUUGACAAGCUGAACGAGAUUAGCAAGCUACCACUUUGGGUCUCGCACUACGACCUUAACGAUGUCAACGUCCUUAUCGACGAAUCAUGUGAAGUUACCGGCUUGGUCGACUGGGAGUUGUCAACGCCGAAACCCUUUGGCGUGGGUCUCGGCCGCAUCCAAACCCUGGCUGGCGAAUACACGGGGGGCGAGUUCUGGAGGCCGGACGAGUUCGAGGUUGCGGAACGAGCCUUUUGGAAGGAGCUGUUUGCUGGGAUGUCCCAGAAGACUCGUGAGAUGUUGGAGAAGAAUAUCGGUCUUGUCCAGGACGCUGUUAUUCUCGGCACGCUCUUGGACACCUUCUUCUGGGAGGAUGGAAAAGUAGGCUGCGGCGAGGUAUCCAUGAAGACCCUUCCCAAAUUCCUUACCUAUCGGAUUCCCCAGGCAAGGGGGCAUGAGCUCCCGUACAAGGAGUAGAGCUCUCGAUCUGCGUGAUUCAGACUGGGAAGCAGGACGUAGUCACAAGAGAGAUUCAGAUACAAA